ACAACCCACAUUCUAAUGACAUCCGUACACUUGCCUUUCCUUUAUAAUUUGGCAAAGUAUAUAUAUACUGAUAUUAUAAUAGCUUUUCUCUGCAAUUCCAAUUCCCAUCUCCAUUUGUUUCCAUUUGUUUUGUACAACAAUGGAAGCUUUAACCAACAGCUUGUCGUUCAACAUCUUUACAACAAUCAGCAGCAAGAAUCGAUCACCGUCCAAUUUAACUCUAUUGGGUCGAUCUGAUGUUGGCUUUUCACCAUCUCUAAAUUUCAAGAGACUUCAUUUUGAUGAUCAUUUGGUUUCAUUUCGAUCCAAUAUCACUAAAUCUCUUGUGGUGUUUUGUGCUGCUACUGAGGUGAUAGGCCUGGAAAAUCAGCUAGCCGACCACCAAAUGCCAAAACCAAAGACUGUUCGUGUGAAAUUCCAGUUGCAGAAGGAGUGCUCCUUUGGGGAUGCAUUUCUCCUGGUGGGUGAUCACCCAAUGCUUGGUUUGUGGAACACCGUGGAUGCUAUUACAAUGAACUGGUCAGAUGGGAACAUCUGGAAUGUUGAGUUGGAUGUGCCCAUUGAGACAACAGUCCAAUUCAAAUUUAUACUCAAACAAAGCACAGGAGAACUGCUUUGGCAGCCUGGACCAGACAGAAUUUUCAAAAGUUGGGAAAGCGAAGGCACCUUAGUUGUUACAGAAGAUUGGGAAGAUGCUGCAGCUCAGAAAAUUACAGAGGAACAAAUGAACAAUCCAGAUUUCGAACCCAUUGUUCACGAUGGUGUAAUGGUUUCAGGUAACACUAUCUAUGCAGAAGAAAAGGUUAACAGUGAGGUUUUCGGCAGAGAAAGUAGCAGCAGAACACUGGUACCCGGAAUGGCAACUAGUGAAAACAAUUGAAGAAAAGAACUUGGGUCCAUGAUCAUGAUGCCUCAUUUGGAGUGGAUGCAGCUAAAGAGUAGAAGAUGCUUGAAAUAAUUUUUUAUGAACUAAGAUUUUUCAUUCCUUAACUUAUCUUUUGGUAGCAAGAUUCCAUGCAUUCUGGCUAUAAUAUAAUACAUUUGCCAAUCUAAAGCUUGAGAAUGAAUUGUGUAAAUAUGGACCUUGUUUGGCUUUUCUAUUAUAUUUUUUGAGAUGCUAUCGAGUUCGUUUUAUGCAGAAUAUAA